AUGGGGAAGAGGGUGGGUUUGCUGGAUAGAGGGUCAGAAGGCAUCGGCUGUUUGAAAGUAGUGAGGUUUGUUUGGUCCAGAGGUUUGUUUGGUACAGAGGUUUGUUUGGUCCAGAGGUUUGUUUGGUCCAGAGGUGUGUUUGGUCCAGAGGUGUGUUUGGUCCAGAGGUGUGUUUGGUACAGAGGUUUGUUUGGUACAGAGGUGUGUUUGGUCCAGAGGUGUGUUUGGUACAGAGGUUUGUUUGGUCCAGAGGUGUGUUUGGUCCAGAGGUGUGUUUGGUCCAGAGGUUUGUUUGGUCCAGAGGUUUGUUUGGUACAGAGGUUUGUUUGGUACAGAGGUUUGUUUGGUCCAGAGGUGUGUUUGGUCCAGAGGUGUGUUUGGUCCAGAGGUUUGUUUGGUCCAGAGGUUUGUUUGGUACAGAGGUUUGUUUGGUCCAGAGGUGUGUUUGGUCCAGAGGUUUGUUUGGUCCAGAGGUUUGUUUGGUCCAGAGGUGUGUUUGGUCCAGAGGUGUGUUUGGUCCAGAGGUGUGUUUGGUACAGAGGUUUGUUUGGUCCAGAGGUUUGUUUGGUCCAGAGGUUUGUUUGGUCCAGAGGUUUGUUUGGUACAGAGGUUUGUUUGGUCCAGAGGUGUGUUUGGUCCAGAGGUGUGUUUGGUCCAGAGGUUUGUUUGGUCCAGAGGUUUGUUUGGUCCAGAGGUGUGUUUGGUCCAGAGGUUUGUUUGGUACAGAGGUUUGUUUGGUCCAGAGGUUUGUUUGGUCCAGAGGUUUGUUUGGUCCAGAGGUUUGUUUGGUCCAGAGGUGUGUUUGGUCCAGAGGUGUGUUUAGUCCAGAGGUUUGUUUGGUCCAGAGGUUUGUUUGGUCCAGAGGUUUGUUUGGUACAGAGGUUUGUUUGGUCCAGAGGUGUGUUUGGUCCAGAGGUUUGUUUGGUCCAGAGGUGUGUUUGGUCCAGAGGUGUGUUUGGUCCAGAGGUGUGUUUGGUCCAGAGGUGUGUUUGGUCCAGAGGUGUGUUUAGUCCAGAGGUUUGUUUGGUCCAGAGGUUUGUUUGGUACAGAGGUUUGUUUGGUCCAGAGGUUUGUUUGGUCCAGAGGUGUGUUUGGUCCAGAGGUGUGUUUGGUCCAGAGGUGUGUUUGGUCCAGAGGUGUGUUUGGUACAGAGGUUUGUUUGGUCCAGAGGUUUGUUUGGUCCAGAGGUGUGUUUGGUCCAGAGGUUUGUUUGGUCCAGAGGUUUGUUUGGUACAGAGGUUUGUUUGGUACAGAGGUUUGUUUGGUCCAGAGGUGUGUUUGGUCCAGAGGUGUGUUUGGUCCAGAGGUGUGUUUGGUCCAGAGGUUUGUUUGGUCCAGAGGUUUGUUUGGUACAGAGGUUUGUUUGGUCCAGAGGUGUGUUUGGUCCAGAGGUGUGUUUGGUCCAGAGGUGUGUUUGGUCCAGAGGUUUGUUUGAUCCAGAGGUUUGUUUGGUCCAGAGGUGUGUUUGGUCCAGAGGUGUGUUUGGUCCAGAGGUGUGUUUGGUCCAGAGGUUUGUUUGGUACAGAGGUUUGUUUGGUACAGAGAGGUGUGUUUGGUACAGAGGUUUGUUUGGUCCAGAGGUGUGUUUGGUCCAGAGGUUUGUUUGGUACAGAGGUUUGUUUGGUACAGAGGUUUGUUUGGUACAGAGGUUUGUUUGGUCCAGAGGUUUGUUUGGUCCAGAGGUUUGUUUGGUACAGAGGUUUGUUUGGUCUAGAGGUGUGUUUGGUCCAGAGGUGUGUUUGGUCCAGAGCGUCGGCGCGGAUCAAAGCUCCGGAUCCACGCCAUGAAGAGGCCGUGACUCGGGCGGCGUGUGGAGGUAGAGGAGCUGAUGAAACUGGGUGGCUUUAUGACGGCUUAAACCGCGGCGCGCUAACUUCAAAUGGCGCUCGCUAA